GUGGGAAAAAUUAGAAGCAUGUGCAACCAUCAUUUUCUUUCUUAGGUAGGCUUAGCCAGACACAUUUACAUACAUAUAUAUGCAUUGUCCACAAUAGUUUCUUCCAAAGUUGCAUGGCCAUAGAUAGAAAUCAAAUGAAGAACAAUUAAUGUCCACUCCACUCUACAGUCUAGGCUUAGGCAGUUUUCGUGACUCUUUUCUUUUCUUUUCUAGCUAUGGGGUUUUCAACAAAGUAGUAGUCUGGACCGGGAUGGAAUUUUUUUCAUUUUUCUGAAAAUAAAAUAAAAGUUAUUUUGGUUUGUGCACAGUGUGGCUUCUAAAAGAGUGGACAGACAAUUGUGAAGAAAACUCCUAGGAUUUUUAAGAAAGCAAGGCUUUUAAUUUUUAUAAUUAUUUAGGCCAGCCCGAUCCUAGAUAUAUAUAUAAUGUAAUGUAAUACUCUCCUCAAAAUCUCCCUGUCUCUUUUGGUCUCCAAACAAACAGACAGACAAACAAACAAACAAACAAACAUAGACAACACAAGGUAAAACACAUAAUUAACAGAACAGCUAGCUAGCCAGAGAAAUGGAGCUUUCAAGUCAUGAAGGGGACAUCCCAAUUCCAAUAAACAGUGCAUACAUGAUCCAUCAUGAUCCUGCUGCACCCCACCACAACCACAUCAUACCACCCCAAAUGCCCUCUAAUGGCCCCUCCUCCAUAGAUGACCAUCCCCCUUACAAGAAGCCGCCUGUCAAAUACAGAGAAUGCCUCAAAAACCAUGCAGCCACCAUGGGAGGCAAUGCCAUUGAUGGCUGCGGCGAGUUCAUGCCUAAUGGAGAGGAAGGCACCAUUGAAGCCCUCACCUGUUCUGCCUGCAACUGUCACAGAAACUUUCACAGGAAGGAAAUUGAAGGCGAACCCUCUUCCUAUGAUUUCUACCACAACAGGCCGGUUGGAAGAAAAGUCAUUUUAGGGGGACAGCAUAAGGGUGUACUGCCCCCCGAGGCUUUAGGAUACCCUACUGGUACUCUUAUACACUCGAGGGCAGCCGCAGCAGCAGCAGUACCUCACCAGAUGAUUAUGUCCUACAACAUGGGGAUGGGGUCCCUGCAAGCGUCAGAGUCUGAGGAGCUGCAGGAGGAAGGUGGUGGAGUCGGAGUAGGGGUAGUGGGCAGACCAGCAGGGCAGUUGGUUAAGAAAAGGUUCAGGACAAAGUUCACGCAGGAACAAAAGGAGAAAAUGUUCAACUUUGCAGAGAAAGUUGGGUGGAAAAUCCAGAAGCAAGAAGAAGCAGUGGUGCAACAGUUCUGCCAAGAGAUUGGAGUGAAGAGAAGAGUACUAAAGGUCUGGAUGCACAACAACAAGCACAAUUUAGCUAAGAAAAACAUCUCUACUGCUGCCACAGCCAUCGCUCCUCCUCCAGCGACCACAACCGGCACCACCACCACCACCACUGCUACUACUACUACUUAAUUAAAUAGCUAUAUAUAUAUAUAUAUAUGCACCAUUUAUCCCAUUUGUCUUAACUUUGUUACGCUAAUUUGUUGGGGAUCUGAUCUUAAUUAUUACUAUUAACAAUAAUAAUAAUUUUGGUUGUGU